AUGUCCAAACCCAUCCGUCUCGGUGCUGUCCAGGCUGAGCCAGGCUGGCUGGAUCUACAAAAAACGGUGCAAAAGACUAUCAAAAUCAUCGCAGACGCAGGCGAAAAAGGCAUCAACAUCCUCGGCUUCCCCGAAGUCUGGAUACCAGGAUAUCCAUGGAACAUUUGGACGCAAAGCGUGCCCCAAAACCUACAAAUGGCACACACAUACAUGGCCAACUCGCUCUCACGCACCUCUCCCGAAAUGGCGUCUAUCCUCGCAGCAGUGAAAGCAGCGGGGAUUUUCGUGGUGCUGGGAUACAGCGAGAGGGACGGUGGUAGCAUCUACAUGGCACAAUCGUCCAUUUCCCCGGACGGCAUCAUCGUCUCUCAUCGCCGCAAGAUAAAGCCUACGCACGUCGAGCGCACGAUCUGGGGCGACGGCUACGUUCCCGGCUCGUUGAAAACAGUCGUCGACACACCGUUUGGGAAGGUCGGAGCAUUGUGCUGUUUCGAGCACUACCAGCCUUUGCUUAGGUAUUACCAGUAUUCACUAGGCGAGCAGAUCCAUGUUGCGUCCUGGCCGGCGUUCUUUGAGGUGCCGAAGGGAAGUGAUUGGUAUCUAUCAGGGAAGUCCGACGGCAAUACGCAGGUUGUGAAGGAAGAGAACUUGGAUUCCAUGCAUUUGCGCGAGUUGGGGGUUUCGGACAAGGCCGCCGGAGGCUUUUCUAUGAUUUAUGGUCCUGAUGGCAAGGAACUUGUUGAAGCACUAGCUCCUGAUGAAGAGGGAAUUCUGCAGGCCGAUGUCGUGUUGUCAGAUACUGAUUUCUCGAAAGCUUUGCUCGAUCCUGUGGGACAAUAUUCGAGGCCCGAUAUGCUGAGUCUGCUCGUAAAUGCAAAAGAAGGCAAACACGUCAUCGAGAAGUGA